AUGAAACUCCAUCACGUCCUUCUCUUGGGUCUUGCAACAUUUGUGAAACUGAUUACUGCUGAAUAUCGACUGCAAGAUGACUAUGGCAACGAUGACUCAUUCUUCGACAAGUUUGACUUCUUCACGGAACCCGAUCCAACCAGGGGCUUUGUGCAAUACGUGAACAAGUGGGACGCAAGAAAUACCGGUCUUAUCAGCGCGUCCGGUGGCUCGAUUUACCUGAGUGUCGACAGCCGAAAUGUCGCAGAUAAUGCUGGUCGUCACAGUGUGCGGCUGACGAGCUACAAAGAAUAUAACCAUGCACUGGUUAUUCUCGACUUGGCUCAUAUGCCGGGUAGUAUUUGCGGUACCUGGCCUGCUUUUUGGAUGGUUGGUACCGUGCCACCAACUGCCGGCGAAAUUGAUAUCAUCGAGGGCGUGAACGAAGGCCCGAACAACGAAAUAACUUUACACACAGACCAUGAUGGCUGUUCGGUAGAUGAAGGGGGCUUCAGUGGAAAUAUCGACAGAAGGAAUUGCUAUAUCUAUUCCACCGGGCCGGGCGGCAGUGGUGGAUGCGGUAUUGUUGACCCCGACGCUGCGUCUUAUGGCGAUGCGUUCAACGGCCGUGGCGGUGGUGUAUUUGCUACUGAGUGGACUGGAAACGCUAUCAAAGUCUGGAGAUUUUCAAACUCCAGUGUUCCUUGGGAUAUUGUCACUGGAAACCCCAAUCCCGCAGGAUGGGGAACCCCUGUCGCGAGUUUCUCCGGACCCUGCAACAUUGAUUCGCAAUUUCAGAAUCUUCAUAUCGUUUUUGAUGUCACUUUCUGUGGUAGCUGGGCAGGAUCAUCCUGGUCUAGUAGCAGAGUGUGUGCUCCUAAGGCGGCAACAUGCGUGGAAUAUGUUCAGAAUAACCCAGGGGCAUUUGCGGAAUCAUACUGGAGAGUGCGAUCACUGAAGGUAUAUCAAAAUAUCUGA